AAAGAAAGAAACCUGGAAAAAGGGAGGAGAGCGCGAGAAAAAAAUACAUUUGUGUCAAUCGCGAGAGAGUCGCGAGGGAAGUCGACUUCGUUGGUUAGUCCGUACGUAAAAGUGACGGCGAGUCCGAUCGUUGUCAGUCGGUCAAUUUGACAGUCGCGCCGCGUCUCCGAAGAAUAGCGGGUCAGGGGGUUGACGUUCGGGAGGCGCGCUCCGCGCUAGUUUGCCGCGUCGGUCGGUUCGUCGCGAUUCGUGACAGGCGUGUAAUCGACGAGUGAGAAAGAAAGAGAGAGAGAGUGACGGGGAACGAAAGGAAACAUCGUGUCUUCUCUCCGUUCGUGUCCGAGCGUAACUCGUUGCGUUGCCAUCGGGGUGCCGGAUCUGUACGGGAUACGCGCGAGUGACAGCCGCGAGGAAACGAUCGUCGAGGCCUCCCCGUCGUCGUGUGAUCGUUGUGUGAGUGCGGCCGUCGCGCGAUCGAACGGGGUUCCGGAAUUCGAGGAGGGAAGCUUCCAGGUGUCCACGACUGCAUAGCAGGUCGUGCGGUGAUCGGGGGUUGCGAGCAGAGUUUCUUCGCGAAGAGUGAUCGUCUCGUACACAUACCCACGCUCCCCGUCCCUUUCCCUCCCGCGACUACCCACUCACCCCCUUCCCCUCGUCUAUCUCGCUCUCUUCGUGCGCAAGGGACCCCGAGCGUCGGGGGUUUACGUUGCCGGGACGGCAGAUGUCAGGAUGCCGGAGCAGAGCAACGACUAUCGUGUGGUCGUGUUCGGGGCGGGCGGCGUCGGCAAGAGUUCCCUCGUGCUGCGUUUUGUGAAAGGAUCCUUCCGCGAGUCCUACAUACCAACCAUCGAGGAUACUUACAGACAGGUGAUAAGUUGUGAUAAAAACAUAUGCACACUUCAAAUUACGGACACAACGGGGUCCCAUCAGUUUCCCGCUAUGCAGCGGCUUUCUAUAAGCAAGGGUCACGCCUUCAUCUUGGUGUACUCGGUAUGCUCACGGCAAAGCCUCGAGGAGCUACGACCAAUCUGGGCCGUGAUAAGGGAGCUCAAAGGCCAGGAUAUCUCACAGAUACCUAUCAUGUUGGUCGGGAACAAAUGCGACGAGAGCCCGUCGGUGCGCGAGGUGUCGAUGAGCGAGGGCGCGGCCGAGGCGGCUAAUUGGGGCUGCGGUUUCCUGGAGACCUCGGCCAAGACGAAUCACAACGUGGACGCCCUGUUCCGAGACUUGCUCACCCUCGAGAAGAAUCGCUCGGUGUCGUUACAGCCGGUGCAGAGCAACAACGCUAUAAGACUCAAGGAGAAGUGUGCCGUUAUGUAAAGCCCCCGUCACGCUGAUCCCGCGUUGUUUAUCGUGUAUGUAUAUCGCGAUCGACAACACACCGCAUGACACGCGUUGAUUCUCGGCGAGGCGCUGCUUCCGAUAUAUAUUCGUUCUAGGGAUCGUUACUUUUCGAAACGAAGCCCUCGCCGAUCCGAUCUGAUAAUCCCAAUAAACGAGGGGACGAUUUAUUAGCGAUUUUAAAUCCCUGCGGCUUCCGAGUCUGUCGAGAACCCGUUAAAGUUUACCGUAUCGUAUUCGUUAUUAAAGGCGAAUCUAGAAACGAAAAUAUCUCCGCGAAACUUCGAAUUCUAGAAAUAAUUUUCUAAGAAUCUUCGAGAGAGAUUUAGAAUUUCAAAUUCUAAGAAUGAUUAUGGGUUAAUUUAAUGCUUUCAUUCGUCCGUGGAGAGAGGGUGAGUAUUUUUAUUCGACGAACGAAGGGGAGUUAUUCGAAUACGUGUGCGCGUUGCUCGUCGAUAGGAGGUGUGUGUGUGUGAGAGAAGCUUCUUUUACCUUAAAUUUAACACUUUACGCAGUAGACCGCUCGAUAAUGACAAGUUAUUCGAGUUGUUUCUCGCUCUUGUUUUUUCUCCACUCCACUACGGGAUCGUCCCGCGGUAAUCUCGAUCUGCGACGAGCGUCAUCGCGACGAUAUCAUUUUCUAUUAUUAUCUCCGGAAAUAAAACGCGCGUUUCGCAGCUGCUCUGGCAUAGGAAGAGCCUGGUGUUAAUUAUAAUAUUAUAGUUCAAUAUACAACAAUAUAAAAAUACCGAUCAUUAUACCACACACGACAUAUCACAUCUUAAAUAAAUAAUAAAUAAUAAGAAAAUUUUGAUAUUUUAUAGGAACGAUUAAUUUUGAUAGAAGAGAUUUAUACAUCGUAUUAUAUUGCCAAAAGGAUGUAAUUUACCGGUUACAUAUAUUUUCAAAAAAUUUCUUGCAUAGAUAUUAUAUAUUUUUUUCAAUUUUAAUAUUUAAUUAAUACUUUUUAUAGAUAAAUAAAAUAAGCAUAUAUGAGGGAUUGAUUGUGAUAACGAUAAUAUAUAAUGGUAAUUUGUAAUGUAAAAAAAAAAGAUUCUAUGCAUAUAAUUGACAAUUCAUCGGGAUGUAUCGUAGCAACAAAGCCCGAGUUUUAUGGCGAUUCUUAUAAUCGCUUCUUGUUAUGAUUAACUCUUCCAAGCUCUUCGUCUAACAAUAGUGGCAGAUAAUUAGUAAUUUUUCAAUAAGUCUCUUGUUUAUACGCAGCGCCGAAAAGACCCCGAUGAUUAGCGUCGCGUGAAAAACACACGCGAGGCUAAUCUCGAGCUUGCUUUAACGAUAAUAGUCGAUUAUCAGAAAUGAUCGCUCGCGAAAUUGUCGCUCUCUUUUCAAUUUUUAAUUAGUGUCGUUCCUUUUGCAUACGGAACUAACUGAAGCAACGAAUUGUUAUGGAAGAUCGACGAAUAUACAAGACGCGAUUCGUUCGCACGCUUUUAGCAUUCGAAUUUCUUCCGACAAGUUCGCUCGUUAUCUGUCUCGAGACUGUCUAUGACAAAGGACAACGCUUCCAAUCGAUUAAUUUAAUCCAUUAUCUAUAUCAAUUCAGUAAAUUAUAUUGAAUUUGAAAAAUGUUGGAAAUAUAUGAAUUUGAUAAAAUAAAUAUAUUAAGCUGGGAGCGAACGCGUAGUAGAACGUAAAUUCAGAAAAAUAUUGAUGUUGAAAUAUUCAGUAAAAUACACUGAAGAGAUUGUUGUAGGAAUUAUUAUACCGAAUUCUAUAUAUAUAUAGAUUCCUAGAGAAACAUGCUGAAAGAUAGUAACUUUCGCAGAAUGAAAAUAUGAAAAGGGUUUUAUUCGAGAGGCCAUGCUACACAUGGCCCUUGUCCGUAGACUGUCUCAAUUUAGCGAUGUGCUAAAUCGAUAAUAGUAGAUGCGACCUUCCAUGAAAAUUCCGCAAUGCUCUGCAAUCCGAGACUACCGCAUGACGAUUAGGGGGAUUGGUGUAAUGCGCGCGCGUCGGAUUUUUUUUUCGCGAAGAUGACAAGAGAGAGAGAGAGAGAGAGAGAGAGAGAGUGCGAAAUCGAAUGAGAGAGAGAGAGAGAAGUGUGUAUGCAAAUGACGACAACAAGUAGAUAAGAGUUGUUACGAGAUUGGUUUUUGUUGAAUAGUUGUAAGAGAAUUUUGUAAUAACUAUGCUAAUUAGAAUUAUAAAACAACAAACAGACACACACACACAAUACUACACACACGCAGAUGCAAGUUGUGUUAACGUAUUUCAUUAUGCGUGCCGACACACACAUACAUACAUACACACACACACACAACACGCGUAGGCACAGAUCUGUUGACAAACGCAUCGCAAGAAAGAUUACGAGAUGGUAACUGUAUUGUACAUGCGAUUAUUACAAGUUACAUGUUUUCUAUAUCGACGCAACGUUUUUAAUGUUUUUUUUUUUUUAUGGAUAGAUCGCAUCUGAAACAUUUUUAGACAUUCCUACGGAAAAUUUCUAACAAACGUAAAUAAUUAGCGAGUAAUUAUACACCUUUUCACGAAUCCCUCUCCCCUCGCUCUCCGCCUUUUCGCAGAUCGUCGGAAUGUGUCCACAAUGUCCUUCGCGUCGCGGCUACCUACCCUUAUCAAUCCGCUUUACGGAUAUGUCAAGUUAGACCGGAGAGCACUUCUUCCUCCUCAAUGUUCCUCAAUCCCAUCGCAACCAACGUCCUCGUCGAUAUCGAUGCGAUCGAUGUUUAAAUACACGUCGCGCCGAAGCUAAAUGUUGAUAAUGAUGAUGAUGAUCCGCCGCCUGCACUUGAACGCGUCUCGACUACUAGUUCCACGUUUGAAGGGCUGUAUUUAUAGUCGCCGAUACUCGAGUGGUGUCUCGAGGGUACGUCGAGUGAUGUGCAUACAAUGAAUCUAAAAUCGAACCGUGGUACAUUUAUGUAAUAUACGUUCGCAUCCUCGGAAUAAUAUCUUUGCGAUCGAAUCGGAAUUUUAUUUUCAGACUUGAAAAAAUGCAGAUUCUAAAAUAUAUGUCCAUUACUAUUUUUUUUUUUUUAAUAAUUUUUUACUUCUCUCUAAGAUCUUUUUUCAAGAACAUUUUUUUUAUUUUAUAUAAUAAUAUGACAAUAUUAUUUUAUUUAUUUUAUAAUAUAUUUUUUAUAUACUCUCUGCAUACACUUUGAAAUAAAAUCUUAUUUAAUUCUUUAUCGUUGCUCUAUUUAUUUUAUCUAACGCUUAUAUUUAUAUAUAUAAAUACGGUCGUCAAAGAUUGUCAUGAGAUAGCUAAUGAUGUCCGCGAAAUGUAGUCGGCGAUCUGACUUGAAAUUGGAAAUCCUUCUUUGAAUAAGUCAACAAUACAUUCCCAAUCAGAUCGAUGCGUCAGCUGUUGGCAACAUCAAUGCCAUCAAUUGCAGAUCAUCGAUACAUCGAGGCGAGCCGAGGCUAGAAAUGGUUAUUGAAGGUAUUACGACGGAUAUCGUCAUAAGUAUUGAAUGAGUAUCGUUAGAGAUAAAAGUCAAGAUAAUAUAUGCAAUUUAUAAUACUCAUACAUACAUUUCUGGCUUAUGUAAGAAUAUGAUUUGCGAAUGAUGAAAAUUCAAAUCGGACAAUUUAUUUUCGAAAAAGAUAAUUUGUGAGUAAUUUUUCAAACAUAAUAAACUGUUCAUUUUAUUAAAAUUUAUGAUACCUCGAGACUUUAAUUAUCGAAUUAUCGUUGGCCAUUCCUAGUCGCGGACACACCGUUCGAUGCUUUGUUUUCUUUUUUUACACAAACUCAUUAAAACAAGAACUCGGAUUAUCCAACGAAUUACGUGUAAAAUCAUCCGAUGAUUCAUCUCGGGGCCCUUCUACGUCCGCGAUAAAGAAAACGAAUCGAGAAAUGGGAAUUUAUUCCGCGAUAUUGCGAAUUCCUCUCCGCGAAGAAUCACGAAUUGGCUUUAGAUAACUCGAAGGUAUUCAAUCUCGCGGAAAUGGAUUCCUGUCGCGUUCGUUUUGAUUCACCUAAUUUUCAUCCCGACCUCCUCUAUCCCCCAUCAGCUUCUCUCGGCUCAUUCCAGGGAAUCCGGCUUGUAUUUCCGGCGGAACGACAACUCAUAAUUUUAAGGGAACGAAUCCCUUCCCUUCUGUCGAUCGUGUAAUUAACGAAACGACGAUGUAUAUCAUAUAUCUCGUUGAUAUUACUAUGAAACGCGCUGAAAAACGACAUCAUUCAUAUACGUAUGUAUACCACUUGUACGUAUAUAGUUGUGUAUAUUAUAUAUAUCGCUACUACGAUUAUUAGGCGUGCUUAUAACUUCGCUUCAUCUAGAUAAUUAUCGUCGUUAUCGUACGAUAUUCCAGUAAGUUUCCGCGCGUGAAUAAAUCGAAUACGGUAAACGCCCCGGUUCCGCCCGUUCUGACCCGAUGACGUAUUCGAGCGAGCAUACGCGAAUCGGUCGCGUCAAUUUGUCAUCUCGAAUUCACCGUUUAUUAUCGUUUAUUAUCGCGACGCGUUUAACGUUUAAUCGUAUUCGCGAAAGGCGUGUGUUAUUGCCAAAGUUGUAUAAUUUUGCGGAAAGGGAUCGGAGUUCGCGCUACCUCUUUCCGGAUCUUCCCCGACGACAGAAAGGAACGGCAAUCCCUCGCGCCAAUAUCUCUCGGCGCCUUUUUUUACAAGGACACUGUUUAUUAAACGAUAAUAUAUGCCGUAUUAAAGGAAAAAAAAUGUAGCGUGUUUAAUAAUGAUCGUUAAUAAUCCGCCUGAGAGAGAACUCCUAAAUGUAAAUUGUAUAUAAGAUUUUCUAUAUUCAGAUAUAUCCCGAUAUACAUAUAUAUAAAAUGUAUACACACACACACAUACACAUACACAUACACACAUGUACGUAUUAUUAUUAGUAGAAGAAUAAUAGAAUCGGAAGGGAGUGCAUUUUUGCGGGCAUGUCUCUCGAUUUAAGCAUCAAGAGUCAAAGAAUUUUAUCACAGAUUCGCCGCUACUUUCCAAAUCACUUGUUAUCAGAUUGGUCGAUCGAUUACGCGUCACACGUAGCAUUAUCCUGUAAUAGGAGAGAGAUACCAUACAAUUAGUAGAAUAAAAUAUAUAUUAAAUAUGGACACGCAUCUCUCCAGCACAUAUAGACACACAUACGCACACACAUUGACACUCAAUUGACAUUCAAUUACAAUAAUUGCGUAAACAUAUGUAUACUGCGCAGACUUCGUCACAAAGGUCUACGUGCGUACCAUCGUCUUUAUAUAUAUAUACAUAGGAAAAGUGCGAAAAAGUGUCGUUUUCAAAUGGCUAUAGCUUAGCUGUUGAAAAUGUUUAUCUGUUAGCUGAGGGGGGAAAGAAAAAAGGGUAGGCUAUAUAUAAUCGUUGUUUUGAGAUAUACAUACAUAGAUGAUUAAGAAAAAAAAAACGCGACGGCUUCUUAUCGAUUCCAACACUUUCUUGCAAUUUUCUCACGGUAAAAGUAUAGAGAGAAAGAAAAAAAAAAAUGGGCCGAUGUAGAUUUUUGCGACUAAGUAGGUAAAUUAUAUAUAUAUACAUAUAUAUACAUAUAUAUAUACAAGAGUAUCUCUCCUCUUUCGAUUUCUGGACUUUUCACUAACCACGGGGUCGAUUUCCCUUUAACGAAAAUAUCGAAACACCAAACGUAGAAUUUAGAAAAUUAACGAAGGCGAGAAGAGGCAUUCACGGACGUGAAAAGAUCGAGCGUUCAUACUCUAUCGAAGGGAAAAGCUCAGAGAAGUAAAAUAUUUCAUCGAAUAAAUGUUCGAGCAGUUAACUUUCGAUAAUAGAAUGUUGCUUGGGAGAAUACAACUACCGAUCGAACUUUUGCUUUAAAGACAAAUCGACCGACAAACUCUCGCCGAAGCAUUCACAAACGGAAAUCGCCCGGGAUACUCUCUGUAUAUAGAUAUAAUAGAUUCAAAUAUCCAAUAUAGAAUCUCGUCGAAGGGGCGAGACAGAGAUAUUACAAAAUCGAGCUUCAAAGACGACAAAAGAGAAAGAGAGCAAGAGAGAGAGAAAAAAAGGAAGGAACAAAUUUACGAGGAGCGGGUGAAUAUAUAUAAAGUUAAAAACAAACACGCUAUCCUCUUCAUUUUUGGGGCCAAUUGGUGUGACGAGGGAAAAGAUACGCGUACAUGUAUCUGUGUGUUUGUUAUUGUUUUGGGUUUCUCAUUCGAAUCGCCGGAUCGACAAGCGAAACUCUGUCAACUAAUAAUUUGUAAAUAUUUACGAUUAAAAUUGAAUCAUUGAGAGAUGUCGAUGUUCUCUCCUAAUAUAAUUUAUUUAACGAUUAUUGAAACUUAUCAUAGAAACUUUCUUCUUUCGUUUCUGCAAAGGAGUGCCUCGCACUUUCCCGCAUGUAAAACUAUAAUUAAGGGAGAAAGAGUCAAGCUUCUUUUUCGCGCGAAAAGCGAUCGAAGCACCGUGCCGUAUGUAACGUACAUCGAGAUUAUAGGAAUUCUCUUAUUGCGCGAGAACGAUGAGACGAGGAUGUGAUCGAGAAUACAUGGAUACAUUUACACACACACAUACACAUACGUGCAUCAGAUGACGAAACGAACACACGCAACGCAUCGUGUGAUUGCAACAGUAGCCGAAGUAUAAGAGUAUAAGGAUCUCGAGUGAUAUUAUACGCUUCGUUUACGUAACGCAAUGCGCGCGUCUCAAAGAUAUCGAAAAAUCUGAUGCUGCGUUAUCCGGGGAGUUUUGCAGUAUGCGAUACCUCGAAUACGAUAAACGCCGAAAAAAAAAAAUGAUCGCAAUGACUUUUAUAUUGCGCCUCGUUACACAUUAUCAUUAUUAAUUAUAAGCGUUAUGGUACAAAAAUUAUCAUUGUAAAUAACAGUUAUUGUUAAUUAUAUAUGCAUUGAUUAUUGAUCUUUAUUCUUAUUCUAAUUAUCACUUAUUAAAUCGUAUCAAUAAAAAGUGGAACGAAUUAUCUCGUAAAAAGAAGUAGAAAGAUGAAAACAAAAAUUCUUCAAUUUUCGCUUUGAAAAUAAAAUAAAAUAUAUACAAAUAAAUAUAUACAAAGCAUUCGCUUUAAUUAAAAUAUCUAUGUUUAUGCUGAGAAGAAUUAUCGUGUUACGUGAAUAAAAAUACCAGCGUUUAGCGUAUUCCACAUACGUUAUUGCAAAGUCUUCAUAAUCGUUCAGCGUGAUAAUUAAAUACUUAAUUCCACGUGAAAUCCGGCCCGGAGCGUCGUUUAACAAGUGUGCAUUGCGUACGCACGCAUCCUUUCUAAAUUUACUUCGCACAAAAUAACGACGACAACGUUAGUGUAAUUAAACGACGGACCAUAUCAAUGAAUCAUAUCAGCGAACGUAAAAAAAAAAAAAAGGAAGGAGGAUAUCCUCGAUUAUGCGAGCCUGAGGCGAUGUGUGAAUUUUCGACAUGUGCUUUUAAAUAACAACGAGCUCUCCUGUACAAAAGUAUCGCCGCGAUUGCGAGCGAUCGUUCCUGCUGCUAACUUAUGUUAUUACAUUCGUCGAGGGAAAUUCGUACUUGCCGGUUUUAUUUUAUAUAGAAUUUUUUUUUAGACGAUGCUCGUUCUUUAAAUGAUCAUAUAUUUUAUUUGCAAUUUAUGUAAAAAAAAUUUGAAUUAAGAUAUACGCAUAUUUUUUUCACAUUAAAAUUCUAUAAAAUUGCGAAACAUCGACUCGCUUAUAAAGAGAAGAUAAUGUAAAUCAUGUAGCAAUUUAAAAUGUAGGAAUUGUAAGUACGAAUUCGCCUUGGCGAACGUUUGCUUAGGCUUAAGCUUGCCGUAAGUGAUGAUUUGUUAAAGCAACUUCUCUCCUAAUCUUCGUUGAUCGCGCGACGAAACGAGAUAUAACGCUUUAUUGCGAAUUGCUUCCCGCGAGCCCGAUGUAAAACCGAGAUAUGCGAAUUAAUAAGAGUAAUAAUAGACACGAGAUAUAUAAGGGAGACGCGAAUAGAGAGAAAAGUCGCGCGUGUGGAACGGAUUUAAAUGAUUAAACGGAGAUUACUCGACGAAGCCUUUCAAAAAUGCCGAGCUGAAUGAGAGACAGACGAGAGAUUGAAAUAUCAUUAAAAAAUAUUUUAUUACAUAUAAUAUAAUUACGUCCUUAUAUUUCUACAUAAUUGCAAAAAGGAUCUGUCGCUCCCCUAAUCUCUCUCUUUUUUUUCCGAGAAUAAAAUGUCAGAGAUUCGUAUAAUCCGGACACAGUUUUAAUUAAAAAUCGAAAUGUUAGAUUUAUUCCAAGUUAUUCCACUUUAGGACAGUCUUCGUGACGGCACUUAAUUUCUUCGUAUCGAUUUUGCGACGUUAUUGAGAUCGGAAUUUCAAUGUUUCAAAGGUUUUUUUUAGCUGCUGAGCUGGAAGAAUAGCCGAGCGCCCAGCGACGUGAAAAAUUCUCUCACGCGCAUUUAAUUAAGGACACAUGAGGAAGACGAGGCGAAGCGAAAAAUCGCGGCGCGCGCGUUGCCACUCUCUGUACACGCUAAAUAUACACAACGUUCCACACAAUUGUUGCGAGAGUGCUGCACGUAAAGAAUGGCGCAAAAGGAAUGUCUAAUAAUUAUCUAUUUAAAUAAGCGACCAAUACACACACGCUGGAAUAAAUAGGCUUGUUAUUGCGACGAAUUUGCUCAUUCAUUAUCAACCGACGAAUCGUUUUACCAGCUACGAACCUGUACUCGUGAGAAUUAAACGAUCUUGAUUCUUGGCAAA